AUGGAGGACCAAUUUAAUAAUAUGAAUGAAUUUUUCCAGUUCUUAUAUUCAGAUAAGAAGAAAGUAAAAAGUAGUGAUAUAGAGAAUAUUAAGAAAUAUAUGAAAGAUAUAAUAUUAAAUGAGGAAGAAAAAGAAGAUGAAUUUUAUGAAUGUGUUAAUAUGUUAUUUUUUACAAAUAAUAGGAGAUAUAUAAAAAGUCAUAUAAGUAUGUGUUUGUAUUAUUUGAGUAUGUUAGUAAAUAAUAUAAAUAAGGAAGAUAGAAAUGAUGAUAUAUUAAAAACCAAGAUAUACACAUAUAUAUUAAAAAGAAUAGGAGAUGGAAAGAGUAUGAGUUAUUAUGAUAGAUCUAUAUUAUGUAAACGUUUUUUUACAUAUUGUUCUUAUUAUAAUAAUAUUAUUGAAGAAUUAAAAGGAAAUAAAGAUUUUUAUUUAUUAUUUAGUAAUUGCAUACAAUUUUUAAAUAGUUUAUUUUAUACUGAUGAAAAAAUAAUAAAAUUAAAUAAAAAAUUCAAAAGAAUGAAAAAGGAUAUAAUAGAUAAGUUGGUUAAUAAUAUAAUAAAACAAAAUGUAUGUCAUUUGGAUGUAGAUAUAUCAAAUAAAAAAUUAUUAUUUAAUAAUAAUAGUAAUAAUAAUAAUAAUAAUAAUAAUAAUGUUGAUAGUUAUAAUACAAAUGAUACAUCUAACGAAUAUAUUGAAAAUUUAAAAUAUUUUGUAUCCAUUUUUAUCAAUCAAACAUAUUGUUCAUAUUUAAUUGUCGAAUGUGUAAGUUUAUUUUUAUAUACAUAUGGUCAUUUGUUAAAUGAUGAAAAUUAUAAAAUGAUAUGUAUUGAAAAUUUUGAGAAUUUAUUUUUUCAAAAUUUAUUAAAUACUAAUAAAAAUAUUUCGAUUAAAUUUAUAAAAUGUUUUAAAUAUAUUUUUGAGCAUACAAGGAAUGAAAAUAUUUUUGAUUUAAUAUUAAAACAAUAUAAUAGAUAUGAUGAAAUAGCUUUAAUAAAUUCUUUUUCAUUUUAUUAUUACAACAAGGAUUUAUUUAAUAAAACACAUUUUUAUAAAUUAUUAGAUAUAGUUAUAAAUAUAAAAAAAAAAGAAAAAGAAAAGAAUAUUGACGACAGUAUUAAUAAUAUGAUAUAUUUUAUUUGCUUAUAUAAACUUCAUCUACAUAAUGAACAUACAGGUGCAUUAAAAUAUUUAUUUGAAGAAAAUAAAAAAAUGAAUAUAAUAAAAUUUAAUGAGAAGAUCAUAUUUUUAAAAACUAUUAAAUUUUUAUUAUCAAAUGAAAAAGUUGAAGAUAUUAAAAAUAUUAUAUUAUCUUAUAAGGAUAUGAUAAUUAAUUUUUUAAAAAAUGAUUUAAAUGAAAAUAUAAAAUUAGAAGCUUUAAAUAUGAUACAAGAAUUAUGUUAUAUAUUAAAAAAUGACAAAGAUAUAUAUAAUACUUUUUCUAACAUAAUAUUUGAAAUAUUAGAUAAAUAUGGAAAGAAUAAUGAUAAAUUUUUAUAUUUUAUAUUAUUAUUUUAUAUACACAAUGUUAAUAUAAUUGAAGGCAAUGAGAAAUUUCUGACUUUAAUAAAAAAUGUUUUUAAUUUAUGUGUAACCAAGCAAGUAUUAAAAUAUUUAUAUGGUAUGAAUAUGUUAUUAUUUUUAUUAUUAAAAGAUAGAAGUAUGAAUGACAAAAGUUUAAAGAACAUAGACACAUACAUGAAUGAUAUUAUGGAUAGAACUAUAUAUAAUAAUAAUUGUGGUGAUGGUGGUGAGCUUUUUUAUAUUUAUAAUAUGAAAGAAAUAAAGAAAAUACCAUUGAAUAAAUUUUUUUAUUAUGUAUAUUCUCUUGUAUUAUUAUCAUUUUUUAAGAGUAAGGAAAUGACCAAAAUAUUGUCAGAUUAUAUAAAUAAUAUGAAUAAGGAUAUAUUGUCAUUUAUAUGUUUUGAUAAAAUGGUGGAUGCAAAUAUGUAUGAUAAUAUAUUAGAUGGGAGUUCAAAAAAUGUGAUAAAUAAAAAAAUGAGUGUAUCAACGACUACAUCGAAGAGUGUAAAUACAAAAGAGAAACCAAAACAAACAAUUAACAAUAAUAUUAAUAAUAUGAAUAAUAUGAAUAAAUUGAAUAACAUUGUAUUUAUUCUUUUACUAUCAUUGUUGCAUUAUAUGGAAGAGACAAAUAAAAAAUUUGAAUUAAAAAAGAAAAAGAAAAAAACUCUAGGAACCUAUUUUAUGAGUCUAAAAAUGAAUGAUAUAUUAAUAAACAAAACAGAGGAUGAUCAGAAUAAUAUUAAUAAUAUAUACCAAUUUAAUUAUAAUAAAGAAUAUGAAUAUUAUGUAGAGAAUUUUGAAGAGUUAUUACAUAAUUUAUUAUUAGAAAAAAAUAUAUAUCAAUUAUUGUUAUAUACGUUUUAUAAAUAUUUAUAUCUUUAUUGGAUAGAGGAGACCUUUAAUUAUAAAAAUGCUUAUGUUUUAAAAAGAUUUUUGUUAUAUUUAUUUGAAUAUUUAUUAAAAAUAUCUAUGACAGUAUGUGAAAAACAGAAUUGUUAUACUUUAAUAUUGUUAUGUUUUUGUCAUCCCCUUUUAUUUUAUAAAAAUAUAAAUAAUUAUAAAAGUCAAAAGAAAUUUAAAAAUAAGUUAUUACGUAAUUUGAUAAUACCAAAUAUACAUCUCGAUAAUGUAAUACAAUAUUUAUUAAAUGGAAUAAAUUAUUAUUCAAAUGAUUUACAUAAAUUAUUAUGUUAUAAUAUUAUAGAUAUGUUGUAUUUAUUGAAAGAUCCAAAGGAAGAUGAUAAUCAUCUUAAUGGUGAUGAUAAUUAUAUGGAUAAGGAAGAAAUAAUUUGUAGAGUAAAUGAGGAGAAAAAGAAAUUACAAGAAAUGAUAAAUAAAUUUAUAGAUAUGUUAGAUGAUAAAGGUGUGCAAUCUAUUAAAGAUGAAGAAAUCGAAAUAUGUAAGGUUCCUUGGAAUGUAUUAUAUGUAGAUAGAAAUAUAUAUCAACCAACAGUCAUUGUAGAAAGUAAAAAUAUAAAAAGAGAUAAAUAUUUAGUGUCAACGUAUGGUGAAGAAACAGCUGAUUUAAUUAUGGAAGAAGAAUUAAAUAAAAAAAAAAAGGCAAAUACAAAUAAAAGUUUAAGUGCGAAUAAAAAUGUUGGAAAUAAUAGUGUUCUAUUAAAUAAAUCAUUAAAGGAUAAUAAAAGUAAUAAAAACAAAGCAUUAACAAAAGAUGAAUUACAAAUUGAAGAAAUUAAAAAUCAAAAUGAAAUUAGAAAAAAUGUUUUUGAAAUAAUUGAAAAAAAUAAAUAUAUUUUAAAUUGUUUACAAAAGUUGAGUUAUAUAGAUAAUAUUUAUGAUACUAAAUAUAUGAAUAUAUUUAUAAAAAAAAUUAUGAUAUUAUUAAAAAAUGAUUUAACCACACGAUAUACACAAACAUUUUUAAAUAUUAUAAUUGAUAAUUUAAUAAGUACUAAUAUGUUAAAAUGUAAAAAGAAUAUUACUAGAUGUUUAUAUAAAAUAAGUAAAUAUAAUAAAGCUGAUGAAUCAGCAUUAUUAAUAUUUAGUUCUUUUAAUUUGAAUGAAAGAAUAUCUUAUAUGUUAACAUUAUUUCUUUUCCCUAUUAUAUUUCAUAGUAUAAAUAUGAUAAAUGAUAAACAAAUAAUUUUGAAUAUUCUAAAAACAUUAGAUAUUUUAUUAUCAACCAAAACAGAAAUUAAUGAUGUCGAUGCAUUAAAAUGUUUACAAAUUAGUUAUUCAAAAUUUGAAGAUUUAGAUGUAGAACUAGAAUCAUUUUUGAAUAAUUUUAAUUCAUAUUUAUUGAAUAAUAAAAAUAUUAUAACAUUACUAGAAUUUUGUAUUACUCAAAAUAGUGUUAGGCGUAUGAUAAUAUUAAAAUCAUUAUAUAAUUAUAUGACUGAUAAUUUAGACACUGAUAAUACAAAUAAGAAUUAUAGAAAUUCUUUGUGUGUUAAAGGACUAGAUGUUUUUAGAAAUGAUGAACGUAUAUGUAUGUAUUUACAUAUAUAUAAAAAUGAUAAUGAACCUGAUACACAAAAUUAUUGUAAUGUUAUGAUAUCUAAAUUGGGAUUGGAAAAUAAACCUAUUGAACAAUAUAAAUUGAUAGAUAUGUUACAAAAAGAAUGUUUAGAUUUACAGAAUAUGAUAUGUGAAACGUUAGUUGAAUCAACAGAUCAAAAUAAAAUUAAAGAUCUGUUUUUACAAUUAACUUCUAAAUAUAUUACUUUUAAAGAAUAUGGUAAAAUAGGUGUUUUAAAAACUAUCGAAAAUUUAGCAAAACAUUAUUAUAUUAUUAGUAUAGAAGAUGUAGAGUUUAUUUUAAAUUUUUUAUUAGGUUUAUGUUUAGAAGAUAAAAAUGAUAUUAGUAAAAUUAAGGAGUAUGUUAUUAUGUGUGGUACAUCCUUGAUUAAUUCUUAUAAUGAAUAUUUAGUAAAAUAUAAGAAUAAAAAUAAAAAUAAUGAUAAUAAUCAAAAUGUGAUAUAUAAGAAAAAAAAAAAUAUGAAUGAACAUUAUUUUGAUAGUGAUGAUGAUUCAUGUUAUGAGCGUAGUUCUGAAUCUGAUGGUGUAUGUAAUAAAGGUCAAAAAAAAAAAAAUAAUAAUAUAAAUAAGAAAAAAGUAGGAAAAAAACAAAUUAAUAAAGAAUUAGAAGAAUCAUUUAAACGUAUAUAUAAUGUAUUAAAUAAAUAUCAAGAUAAUAAAAAAAGUAAGAAUAAAAAUGUGCUUGAUUUGAUUGUUGUUAUAUUUUAUGGAUGUUUAGGUUCCAAUUUAAAAAAAGAAUCCUUAGAAUUAUUAAAUAAGUUAAUUGAACAGAUGUUGCAUAGGGAUACAGAUAAUUUUACACAAAUAGAAAUUAGUAGUAUAAUUCCAAAAUUUAUAGAAAAUUUAAAAAAUGGAACUGAUACAUAUAGUGAUGAAAUAACAAAUGGUGAUGAAAUAAUAAAUGGUGAUGAAACAAUAAAUGGUGAUGAAACAAUAAACCAUGUAAAGAGUGGUAAUAAUAAUACAUCACAAAUGAUAAAACAAUUAAAUAAAUUAAAAGGUAAUAAUAAAAAUAAUGUAGAGAAGACAAAUGGAAAUAUCAAUAUCAUGCCCUCUCCAAGUAGUAAUAAAAAAAUGAAUGAAAAAGGUAUGAAUAAAAAAGGGAGCUUAACUAAUAGAAAUAAUAACAAGAAUAAACCCAAUUCAGAUAAUUGUCUUAUAUAUUUAGAUGAAUAUGAUGUAGAUAUAUUUUUAGAGAAAAUAUUUAAUUUGAUAUUUAGUUCAAAUAAAGAAUUAAGAAUAAGAAAAGGUUGUUGUUUAUUAUUAGGAAGUGUAAUAAAAGCUCAUGGUAUGGAUUUUUUUCGAAGAUAUAAGAUCUUAGAAAAGAUUAAUGAGAAUAUUCAUUCAGAAGAUAUUAAUAAAAGACAAAGUUUUUAUUUAUCUUAUGGUUGUUUUUUUAAAGUAUUAAAAUAUAAAUUUGAACCUUAUAUUAUGAAAAAUUUUAAUCUUUUAUUAGAAUGUUAUAAUGAUAGUGUAAAUAAUAUAAAAGUAUUAGGAAUUAAUGUUAUUGAAGAUAUAUUAAAUGAUAUUGGUCAAUAUGGUAUGAAGAAAAUGUUACCAAUGAUUAUAUUAAAUUUAAAAACAUCUAGUAUAAAAAGUAAAAAUAUAAUAUCAUAUUUAGAUACAUUAUAUUUAAUUAUAUGUAAAUAUGAUAUAUUAAAGUUUGUAGAUAAUAUGACAUUAGUAAAUCUAGUAAAUUUAUUAUGUGAUUUAGUAUCAGAAACAAAUAUUAAAGUUAAAGAAAUAUGUAUUAAAAUAUUUAAUAAAUUAGAAAAAUAUAUAACAAAUGAAGAAUUAAAAAAUAUUAGUAGACAAAUAUUAUUAUGUAUAUAUUCACCUAAUGAUAAUCAUUUAAAUGAUUUUUUAGAUAUAUUUUUAUCUAUACAUUUUAAAUAUAAAAUUGAUAACAUUGGUUUAUGUUUAUUAUUCCCUAUAUUUAAAAAAGGAAUAAAUAAUAUUAGAUUAGAAAUGAAAAAAAAAUCAUUACAAAUAUUUUAUUUCUUAAUAUAUUUAGUACAUGAUCAUUCAUUAUUUAUUAUAUAUUUUAAUAGUCUAUUUUCGACUCUUAUAUUAUUAUUAAAUGACGCCAUACCAGAAAUUAGAUACUUGACUGCAAGAUCCAUUGGUAAUAUUAGUCAAUUUUUAGAUAUGAAUCAAAAAUUAUUUUAUAUUCAACAUAUUUUUCAUAUAUUAAUAAGUACUUCAUCAUCUGUUGAAAAGAGUGGAGUGGCUUUAUGCUUGUCAUCUAUAUUAUCCAAGUCGCCUGAAAAGGUGGCUGAUAAUUUUAUAUCAAAAAUAAUACACAUGAUAGAUGUAAAGAAAUAUAUGCAGAUUAAAUCAAAACGUGGAAAUAUGUUCGCUGGUAAGGAUAAAGUUGAUGUUAGUAGGAAAAAGGAGAUGGGGGGAAAGAAAAAUAAGUUGAAAAGGAAGAAAUAUAAUAAGGGGCAUGCAAAAAAUGAUGAUAUUGACAAGGAAGUUUAUGAUGAUAAAGAUGGUGAUGACAAAGAAGAUUAUUAUGAUGAUGAUGUGGAUGAAGGAGAUUAUGAUGAUGUGGACGAUGAUGAUGAUGAUGAUGAAGUGGAUGAAGAAGAUUAUGAUGAUGAUGUGGAUGAAGAAGAUGAUUAUGAUGAUGAUGAUGAUGAUGAGGAAGAGGAGGAGGAUGAUUAUGAAAAUAAUUAUAACGAUGAUACAUUGGAAAUACACGAUCCAGAUGAUUACGAUUUUGAAGGGGAUGAUGAUGAUGAUGAUGAUGGUGAUGAUUAUGAUAAAAGAGUAGAAGAUGAAGAAGAUGACUACGAGGACGAAGACGAAAUGAAUGAUAAUGAAGAUGAUGAAGAAGAUCUUUUUGAAAUGUAUUCUGAUGAAGAAAGUGAUAGUGAUUAUUAUGAGAUUAUAAAUAAUAAAGAUAAUGAUAAAAAGUUAUAUUAUUUAAAUGGACAUUAUUUAAUGGAUAAGAAUGAAAAGAAUGAAUACAUUAUAAAAGUUGAUGAGAAUUUAUGUAAUUGGAAAUUAAUUUAUGAUAAAAAUAUGAUAAGUAGUGCAAGUAGUAAAGAAGGUUUAAUAGGUUUUUUUAUUUAUAUGCCUGAAUGUGAAGAAACAUAUACAGAAAAGUUUUUAAAAAAAAUUCUUCAGAAAUUAAUAUUAUGUUUAAAUGAUACAAAUGAAAAUGUAAGAGAUAUAACAUUAAGAGCAUGUAAAAUAUUAAUAAGUAUAUAUUCAAAAAAUAAUACUUCUUUAAUAUUAAAAUAUAUUGAAAAUAAGAUUUAUAAUAACUAUUGGAGAAUUAGAAAAGAUUGUGUUAUUUUAUUAAAUGUUUUAAUAGAAAAGAAUUUACAAAUAAAUAAAGAAGAACGUGAUUUUGAAUUAUUAAAUACUUUACAUGAAAGAUUUUAUUUUAUGUUAUCUAUAAUAUGUAUAAUGAAGAAUGAUAAAAAUGUUAAUGUAAGACAAACAGCAUAUACUAUAUAUAAAAAUUUUGUAAAUAAAAAAUUAUUGCAAGAUAUGUGUUCUAUUUUAUUAAAAAAAAUAACCCAAAAUUUAUCUUCAAAAAAUAAUUUUAAACAAGUAAUUAGUGCAUUGUCAUUAGGUGAUUUAGUUUAUAAAACAGAUGCUCGUCAAUUAGAAUCGAUAUUAGAACAUAUGGUAAAUGAAUUUAAAACAACAAAAUUUAUAUCAAUUAAGAAAGGUAUAUCAUUAGGAUUUUAUGAAAUAUUUUCAAAGAAUAAAUAUGAUAAUUUAAUUAUAAAUCAUAUACAUAAUAUUAUACAUAUGAUAAAAGAAUUAGCAUGUCAUCAAAAUACAUCUGAUAAAAUUAAAUUAUUAUCAUCAUUAUUAAAAAAUAUUGAUUCAUCAGUUUUGAAAAAUAUUAUAAAUGAAAUAUUUGAUAAUGUCCUUGAAACACCAACUACAAGUAUGAAAUUUUUUACAUCUAAACAUCAUAUUAAUUUUAAAAGUAUUAAAAUAUUUUUACAUGUACAUACUGAAUUAGUUUUAGAGUUUAUUAUACAUCAUGUUUUUAAACCUCCUUAUGAUGCAUGCAAACUAAAAUUAUUGUCUUAUAUUUCGUAUGCUAAAACGGGUGUAAGUAAAAGUAUAUUUCCAAAAAUUCUUAGGAUAUUUAUUAAUUUAAUUUUACAUAAUAUAAAUAGAUUAAAAGAAACACAUGAAAUUGAUAUUAAAAAUUAUUCUUUCAUUCUGUCUUCUUUUAAGGAAGAGAAUAAAGAUCAAUAUAAAGAUGGACACGAAAAGGGAAAUAUUAACUACAAAAUGAAUGAUAAUGUAAAUAAAAAUAUAAAUGAUAAUACAAUAACAUAUAAUGAGAAAGAAAACAGUAAAAACCAUAAAAUAAAAACAAACAGUUCAUUUUAUAAUAAUAUAGAGUAUUCUAAUGAAACACAAAAUAUAAAUGAACCAUUCUAUGAAAUAGAUAUGGAUAUGAAAGAUAUAACUAAGUGUUUAAAAGAUUUUUUAAGAAAUAUAAAUGAGAGAAAUGUAGAUAUAUUUAUUGAGUCCUUAUUAUCAGAACUGAAAUUAUAUUCUAGUAAAUGUGAUUUAUCAUAUAAUAGUUUAUGCAGAACAUAUGAGUCUUUAAAAUUAGAAGAAGAUAAAAAAGCACAAGAAUCUGCAGAUUUAUUAAAAAGAUAUUUUAUUAUUCAUGAUAAGAAUAACUUAAAUGAGUUAUCAUAUUUAGAAUAUAAAGAACAGAAUGGAAAGAUACGAGAGAUCAUUUUAUCUAUUUUUAAAUACUUUUUAGAUAUAAUAAAUAAUGAAGAUAUAUCUUUAUUAUUAUCAAAUGAAAAUUUGAUGAGUUCACAAGAUAAUAUUAAUAAUAUAGAUAAUAUAAAUAAUAUUAAUAAGCAAAAAAAUAUAAUAAAAAAUAUAAAUAAAAAAAAUAUCAAUGUAUAUAAAAAAAUGUAUUUAUUAAAUAUAGAAAGAAUAGAAAUGUAUAUAAAUGUUUUAUCAAAUUAUGCAUUUGUAGAUAUUAAUAAAGAUGUACUUGAUAUAUCAUCUAUAAUAUAUAUAUAUUUAAUAGAAUUAAUUAAAAAAUUACAAGAUAAUUAUAGAUAUACUAAUAUAUUUUAUGAUGUUAUAAAUAAAUAUUGUACUGAUAAUAAUUUAAAUGAAAUAGCUCAUGAUAAAUAUGAAAUUGUAGGAUUAAAUUUAUGUAAACCAUUAUUUUCAUCUUUAAUGAAUAUGUUUACUAAUGUAAUAUUAUUAUCUAAUAAUACAGAUAUUAAAACAAAGGCAAUAGAUAUUAUAAGAAAAUUAUUUAUAUAUACAAAUAUUAAUAUAUCAAGACCAUUCAUGUUAAAGAUAUCAGGUAUUCUUAUACGUAUCUUAACAAAUAAAUUUAUUGAACAAGCCAAAUUUUAUAUAUUUUCAACUUUUGAAGUAUUAAUUAAAAAAGGAAGUGAUUAUGUAAAACCAUUAAUACCCCAAUUACAAACAUGUAUUAUAAAAUCAUUAAAUAAUGAAAAUUUAAAAAAUCAAAUUAUUUAUAUUUUAAAUAUUAUAUCUGAGAAAAAAUUAUCUAGAGUUGAUUUACUAAUAAAUGAUUUAUUAAAUAAUAUUAAUGUACAAAUAAAUUUACAAAUAUCUAUUACUAUAUUAAUGAUAUUAUCAAAUAUUUUAAAUAAUGCCGAUAUUAAUAUAAAGAACAUAUUAAUUAAAAUUAUAAAUUGUGUAAAACCAUUAUUUAAUCAUACUAAUAAAGAUAUAUCCUUUUAUUCAACAAAAAUAUAUAUACUAUUAAUAUUUUUACAUAUACCAAAAAAGAAAGAAUAUCUUGAACCUAUUUUAUCUUUAAAAAGUAGUACUUUAGAUACUACUUCAUAUUACUUUGUUUUACAUAUUAGUGAGAUUAAUAACGUUUAUGAUAUUUUAAAGAAAGAAAAUUUUAUAGAUACAUUUAAAGAAAUAUAUUUACAUAUGAUAAAGGAGGAAGUGAAUAGUUUACAAACUAUAUGUUAUCAAAUUUUUUAUAAUUUAACAAAAUAUAAUUAUGAUAAUAAUGAUUGUUUAUUAUUUAUAUAUAAUAUUAUUAAUCUCUUGAAAUUACCUACAUUUAUAAUGAUAUCUAUUGAAAUACACAGAUAUUAUUUUAAGGCAAUAAAAAAUAUUUUUAAGAAAAAGAAUGAUAUAUACAAAGAAAAUGUGAAGAAUUUUAUGAUUAUAAUGGAUAAUAUAUUAUUAGCAUUGUUUAAUAAUAUACCCGCCUUUAAAUUAUUGGGAGAAAGCUGUACAAGGUGUAUUUUAGAAAUGAAUGAUGAAAAUCAGUACAAGUAUAAAUUAGAGUUUUUAAAAGAAAACAUGGAAAGUAAAAAGUUUAAUCAGUUAAUGGAAUAUAUAAAUCGUGUUCUGAUUAAGAAGAUUAAUGUUAUAUCAGAUUCUGAUUAA